AUGAUGAAGUCCUUGUUGGACAGAGAAAUCGGCACCCAACCGUCAUAUAUUAUAAGAAAACAAGUUAUAGAACGUAAAUUGGAAUCAUUUCAACUGAGCACUUUGAAAGGUUUCCAUACGGAACAUGGAGGGCCGAUAAUGACUCUCGCAUUAGACAAUGUACAGCAGCGAUAUCUACUAUCAGGAGGGGCUGAUGCGGAAAUUCGGUUGUAUGAUCUCGGCAAGAACACCGCGCAAUUACGAGAACCACGAAUAACAAUUCGAUCUAAAAAAAGAGAAUUGAAAUGCAGGAACGCAGGCCAUGAAUUUACCGUAACAGGGAUUAAUUGGUCACCACACAGUUGGAAGCUUUUCACUACAAGUUCCAUGGAUAAGACUGUCAAGUGUUGGGAUUCGAAUUACAUGGUGCCUGUUCAUACGUUCGAUUUGAAAUCUCAUGUUUAUUCCCAUGCAAUGUCACCGCGCGUGCGUAAUGGUCUCGUUGCAAGUGCGUUGGGAGAUCACUUUAUUCGAAUGUGUGAUAUACGUCAUAAAGUGGCAGUUUUGACCCUGAGCGGACACUAUAAAUCCGUCAUAUCAGUGCAAUGGUCACCGCUAUUUCAUAAUAUGUUGGCCUCUGCAGGAGAGGAUGGUACUGUUCGGUUAUGGGAUAUUCGCAAUCCAUUAAGAUGUCUAGUAUCUUUGGACUAUACAAAUGAAGGCUCGCCAACAUCAGCGAGGAAUGUCGGCCACACUGCUCCUGUCAAUGGGUUAACAUUUACUCAUGAUGGCUUGCAUUUGCUCAGUACGGGCCAGGAUAAUACGCUACGUUUAUGGGAUGUCUAUCAAGGAACAAACGUCUUGGUUGAAUAUGGCGGUGAACUAGUAAAUAAAGCCAGGCUAUGUGUUACCCUUGCUCUGACUAAAUCGGACAAGUGUAUUCCAUCUCUAGUAUUUCACCCAACUAGCGAUGGUCGAAUAUUAAUAUAUGACUUAUUCGAUGGAACACUGCACGAUCGUCUACAUGGGCCAAUGUCUUCUAUAAAUUGUGUUAUUUGGAAGCAACAUAAUCAGGAACUAUAUUCUGGUGAUGGCGAUAAACGAAUCUUGGUGUGGCGGUCGAAAGUAGAAGAGCAAGAGAAUGAGGAUGUAUGCGUAGAGAUGAACGAACAAGACGCGUGGAGUGAUUACGAGUGA